UUUAUUUUUUAUUGAAAUUUAAAAUUUUCACUUUAAAUGUUUGGGAUACUAAUCUUAAUAUCUUAUAAGAUCUUAAACGCAGAAAUUAUUGACACUAAAAAUUAAUUAAACAAAAAUGGCAAAAUAAAUAAAUAUUCAACACGAAGAAGAGUCAAACAAAUAUUUGAACCGUACGCCAAUUGUGCACAUUACCACGUGGGCAAAAGCCCAUGUCACCGCUUGCAAACGUGUCACUUCUCAACACCGGAAUGCCUGGUCCCUCAUUGAUCCACAAUCAAACGGCCGAAAAUUCAUUACAGAACGCCCCAACUUCCCCUAUAUAAUUAUCCACAAGCACCAUCAUUUUCCACAACUUUCUAACCUUAUUUUCCCGAGAAAAAAGUUUAAGCCUUUUCACUAAUGGCAAAUCUAAUGCUUUCUCUAAAAACGGCGUUGAUAUCGACAGGAAUUAUAUCGGUCGCCGUUUUGUUUAAAGUUUCUGCUCCGUUUGUGACAGAGUUUAUAACAUCUGGUAUUCCUUCAACUUACAGCUUAAUACUUUCAUUUCUUCGGCCUCCGUAUCUUUACCUUCUUGUCAACGGGAUCAUCAUCUCCAUCGUCGCCUCUUCUAAGCUCUCGCAGAAGCAAAACCCUGCUCAGCACAAUUCUUCGCCGGAUAUAGUUUUGCCGGGUGUCAAGGUUUCAAGUGAAGUGUAUAGUAGUGAGUAUAAUUAUGGAAGUGUUGCUGCAAGGGUUGUGGUGGCGGAGGAUUUGAAGACGGUGGAGGAGAGUAAGGGAGGGGUGGUGGUGGACGGUGGCGGUGAGGAGGAGCAGGUUAAAGUGGUGAUGGAGGUGGAGCCGGUGAGGAGUGAGUCUAUGGAGCUUGUGAGUUUGUUGAAUGAGAAAGCGGCGGAGAAACCGCCGGUUUCGAAGAGGUUUGGUCAGCGGAAAGCUGUGAAAGCGGCUACGGAAGGGAAAGCUUUGAGAGUGUCGAAGCCAAAACGGCACGACACAUUGGAGACAACGUGGAAGACAAUAACGGAGGGACGUUCGAUGCCGUUAACACGUCACCUGAAGAAAUCCGACACGUGGGAACAACGGACUCCAAAGGUCCACAAUGCUCCUCCCCCUCCUCUCCCCAACACCGUGAAGAAAUCCGAUACCUUCAGCGAACGCUCCAGGGAAUCGUCACUGACUCGUUCUUCUGGCUCGGGAAAACUCAAGAGGGACCCCUCGCUGAGCCAGGACGAGUUGAACCGCCGAGUGGAAGCGUUCAUUAAGAAGUUCAAUGAGGAAAUGAGGUUGCAAAGGCAGGAGUCUUUGAAUCAGUAUCAGGAGAUGAUUAGGAGAGGAGCAGAGUAGAGAUUUUAGUAACCUCGGAGGGUUAAAAAGUAAAAUUUUCUCUUUUCUUUUAUUUUACUUCUACCUUUUUUUAGUGGGGUAAAUGAUUCCUGCUUUGUAAAAAGUUUUUGUGUGUUUUUAGUUUACUUUUUUUUUUUCCGAAAUGUUUUUUAUUGGAAUUUCAUGAUUUUAUGCAUAUUAG